AUGCUCAAUAGAGCAAACCUUUUACGACAAAAUAGAACAUACAUUUACAAAUUCAACAUGCCAAAACGUAAUUUCAAGAGAAACAACAAAAAGGACACAACUUUUAAAAGACAAAACAACGAAAAUGGAGCAAACAACACAUGGAAAGAGGUUGAAAGAGAUAAUGCAGAUUGGGAAAAGUAUUACAAAUCAAUGAAAAUACUCCCUGAAUCAGAGUGGGAAGAAUUCAAGAAGUCCUGUCAAGCGAACUUGCCGAUGACUUUUAGAAUAACGGGAAAUAGAAAACAUGCAGAAGAAAUAAGAAAUGUGUUUUUAGAUAGGCAUGUCAAAAAUUUAAAAGGUAAAGAGUUUGAAGGGGUUGACAUAACACCAAAAAACAUUGAAUUUUAUCCCAAUGAGUUAGGCUGGCAGAUUGAUGUUAGUAAACAGACUAUAAAGAAACAGAAGGAUUUUGCAAAAACUCAACGUUUUUUGGUUAUUGAAACUGAAGUAGGAAAUAUUAGUAGACAAGAAGCUGUCUCAAUGAUCCCACCUUUAUUAAUGGAUAUCAAACCAGAACAUUAUGUAUUAGAUAUGUGUGCUGCUCCUGGAUCUAAAACUGCACAAUUGAUUGAAGCAUUACAUGCUAAUGAUGAAAAAGAACAACCAACUGGAUUCGUCUUGGCUAAUGAUUCUGAUUACAAAAGAAGUCAUAUGUUGGUGCAUCAAAUAAAGAGAUUGAACUCACCAAAUUUCUUGGUUGUUAAUCAUGAUGCUCAAUUAUUUCCUAGAAUAAGAUUAAAUAACUCCUCAACCCAUUUAAAAUUUGAUAGAAUAUUAUGUGACGUACCAUGUUCUGGAGAUGGUACUAUGAGAAAGAAUAUCAAUAUAUGGAAAGAUUUUAGGCCAGGUAAUGCUAUAGGGUUACAUCCAUUACAAUAUAAUAUCUUAAAUCGUGGAUUACAAUUAUUAAAAUCUGGUGGAAGACUAGUCUAUUCUACUUGUUCAUUAUCACCGAUUGAAAACGAGGCAAUAGUAGCAGAAGCAUUAAGACAGUGGGGGUCCAAAAUUAAAUUGGUCGAUGUUAGUAAUGAAUUGUCAGGUUUGAAAAGAAGACAAGGUAUGAAUGAUUGGGUUGUUUUUGGAAAAGAUAUGAAAAUAAAACAAAAAGGGGAAGAUGAAAUACUUUCAGAUUCGAUGUAUCCACCAACUGAAGAGGAGAUUAAAAGUGAGUUGCGUAAAUGUGUUAGAGUUUAUCCUCAUUUGCAAAACACAGGAGGAUUUUUCAUAACUGUUUUUGAAAAAGUUGAUCAAAGUAAUACCAGUAGUGUUUCAAAUAAACGAACUGAUCGUGAAGAUGAAAAUAUAGAGAAAGGCAAUAAGAAACAGAAGACAAGCAAUACCACCAAUGAAAAACCUGAAUCAGUUGUUGUCACAACAGCUGAAGACUCAACGGAACUCAAACCAACAUCUGUGAAACAAAAAUUACCAAGAGAUGCUAAUGAAGAACCAUUUAUUUUCCUAGACCCAUCCAACGAAGAAUUACAAAAAUGUUGGCCAUUUUAUGAUUUUAAUGAAAACUUCCCAAAAGAUUGCACAUUAGUUAGAAAUGCAACUGGUGAACCUUUAAGAACAAUUUAUUAUGCGUCACCAAUAGUAAAAGAAAUUCUUACAAUUAAUGAUCAAAAAUUAAAAUUAGUACACGGUGGAAUAAAAUUAUUUGUAAGUCAAAGAAGUGAACAUAGUGAAGGUUGUCCUUGGAGAGUUCAAACUGAGGCUUUGCAUACUAUUGAACAUUUUAUUGGUACUAAAAGACAUUUAAAAUGUAAUUUAAAAUUAUUGGAGUAUUUGUUCACAAACGCGUUCCCAAAAAUUGAAGAAUUGAGAAAAUUAAAAAUUGAUGAAGAGUUUUCAAACACUUUAGAUACUUUAAGUGAAGGUUGUUUAUUCUUGACCAUUAGUCGUGAUGAUAAAGAGGAUUUGUUCUUACCAUUAUGGAAAGGUAAAACAAACAUAAAUCUUAUGGUUAGUAAAAAAGACACUCACGAAUUGUUAAGUAGAAUCUUUGAUAUUGAUACUACUGCUAAUGAUGUUGGUAAAGAAAAAUUGUAUCAAGAGAAGGUAGAAGCAGCUAAGAAAGAUAGAGAAGAUAAAGAAGCUUCAGAAGAUGAUAAAGUUACAGACAAAUUUGAAAAGGAGGAGGAACCAAAAAAUGAAUAG